ACAGAUCAUAUGUGCAGUAAAAAAUUUUAAAAAAUUCAAAACAUUAUAAAUAAGUGAUUGAAUCAAAUAAAUUAUUAUUAAAUGUAUGUGAGACUAGAAAUAAAUAAAAAUUUUUAAUAAAUUAUCAGAAGAAUAGUCUGGAUUUUUUUUGAGUGACAGCUUGACAGGGUUAUGAUUGUUCAAAUGUAAACAAAGAAAAUGAUUGUGAAUUCAGCAGACAUGAGAUAAAUUCAUGAACUUUAAAUUAAUAAAUUUAAUUACUUUAAAUACUAAAAAUUAAAAAAUGAGCAUAUGGGUUUUUCAUUGAUCUAAAUACGUAUUUUUUAAUUUUUAUUCUACUGACAUUUUAUUUGUUUAUUCAAAAAUUUAAAAAAUUCCCACUUGUCAAUUACAUUCACUCUCAAAAAUUGAAUCUAUAGUUUUUUUACAUUUUCUACAGUGCAUAGUUUUGGUUUUUUUGUUUUGUAAAUGAAUUGUUGAAAAAAAAAAUUAAAAAAUUGUUCAUUGUCUGCUAGCUUCAGGGUCAUGUAAAAGUCACAGUUAUUGACACCGUAGAAAGCAUGAAAUUUAAAAAUUUUUAAAUAUUCAAAGGACGUUAAGUAAUUAUUUAAAUUAAAAAUAAAGUGACAAUAAGUGGAUCUAUUACUUAAUAAUUUAAAAUAUUAUAAAUUGUAAUAUAAAAAUGAAUAUAAAUAAUGACAUUGAUGCUAUCAAAAUUGAAUAUAAUGAAAAUUCAACAAUUCUAGACCUCGAAUAUCAUGAAACAACAGUUGUUGACAAGAAAAAUAUGGAAGAUUUGGACACAAAAAUAAUUAAUGCUCCAGUUGUGAAAGAUACAAUGGAAUUGUUUGAAAAUAAUUUAAACCCACAAGUUGACAAUAAUUAUAAUUAUUGUUCAGUAAUUAAUUUAUACGAGAGUGAUUUACAUCCAAGCAACAAAACUUGGAUAACUCGAAACAAUUCUUUGUCUUCCGUAAAUUCUGAUCAGGCAAGUUUGCUAACUGAUGAUUUUUUUAUUUCUACUGAAAAUGAACACCACGACAAAAAUUAUGAUUUGUUGAGUUACAUUAAGAUUACAAAAGUUGAGUCGUUAAGUGGAAGAAAUAAUUCAUGGACAGAAACUGUAGAUGAAAAUAAUAAUGAAGAACAGAAUAUCAUAUACGAUAUAAAAAAAGAAAAUUUUGAUUACAAUGACAAAACUGAUGGAAGUGAUAAAACUAUUGUCGAAGAAAAUCAGUUUAAAAAAUGUAUGGACAUGGCUGCAUCAUCAACGUUAGUCAAAAAUAUUUCACUUGCAGAUGAACUUUUAGUUUCAAAUGAUGAUUUAAAAAAUAUUCGAAUUUCGUCCAUAGAAACUCGUAUAAGUAAUCAGAAACAGAUUAAAGUUGAAGAUAAUAAAAAUUCUUUUGAAAGUUCUCAUCAUAUUUCAAAUAUUCUAAAUUGUUUUCUUCCUUCUGUUCUGCUCGAAAGAAUUGAAGUGCCUGGAAAAGUUAUUGAAACUUCAAAUUCAGUUGCGAAGACUAAUGAAAUAAAAUUAACAGAAACAUCAUUUAAAAGUAAAACUAAUAAACCAGUUGAUUCAGAAAAACCAUUACAAAAUAAUAAACCGUAUCGUGUUGUUGGUGAACAAUCUUGCAAGGAAUGUGGUUACUUAGCCCUCAGUAAACACGAAUUGAAUCGUCACGAGCAAAAACAUAGUGAUGAGAAACCUAUACAGUGUCCAGAAUGUCCAUUUAAGACUCCUUAUAAAGGUAAUUUGACCGUUCACAUGCGUCGGGUUCAUUCAAAUCAAAUGGUUAGUACUAAGCUUUGUGAUUCUAAGUUCAUGAGAGCAAAUGAUCUGAGAGAACAGAUGCGCAUUCAUACUGCAAAAGAUCCAAUCACGUGCCAUAUUUGUAAAAAAACGUUUGGACAAAGGUUUCGUUUAAAACGACAUAUGAUUUCUCAUUCUGAAGAAAGACCGCAUGAGUGUAAUAUUUGUCACAAUAAAUUUAAGAGAGCUGAUGCUCUGACAUCUCAUUUGGAAACCCACCUCGUUGAUCAUACAGCAUACAGCGAACAUACAGCAAAGUAUCAAUGUAAAAUUUGUUUAAGGGAAUUCACGCGUAUCAAUUAUCUCAAUUUGCAUUUAAGAGGUCACUCUGACAAAAGACAUAAAUGUGAAAUUUGUAAACGAGAGUUCUUUCAUUUGCACUAUCUAAAUCAGCACACGGAACUUCACAAGCCUUGUCCACCCGGUGAGGUAUUAAAGUGCCAAUUUUGCCAUGAAAGUUACAAUGAUCAAUUCAGUUUACGAAAUCAUACUAAAACUCACAAACAAGGGAAAAUUUAUAAAUGCAGAAUAUGCUGUUACAAAACAACAGAAUCACUUGGAUUAAUAGAACAUGCCAAUGACCAUACGAAUAAUAAAUUAUGUAUUUGUGACAAAUGUGGGCAUUCAUUUGAAGACAAAAAGUAUUUAAGACAACACUUGAUUCAGGAUCAUCUUGAAAGCAAACAGGCAUCAAAAAGAAAACGACAAAAAAUAAAUUAAAAUUUAUUUGCUUUAUUUAAGCGAUCAAUGUGUACAUUUGUGAUAAUAAUUUAUUGACAUAUAUCGACAAUUGUCGAAUUACAAUUUUAGCAAAAUAUAAUCAGAACGAAAUAAAAAAGAAACGUCAACCAAAGAACUAACGAGUAGAUAAAAAAUAUAUUUUGAUGUAAAUACUGUGUGGAGUAUCACAGAAUUUUGAUUUGAUUUUUUUUUUUUUUUAGAUCUGUACACUUGAAGAUUUUUUAUUAUGUUCUAUAAUUAAUUUCGCCAAUUAAUUUUUGUUAAAUAGAAAUAUAACUUUUUAAAUUACAAUGAUAGUAUUAUUAUUAUUAUAAUUGAAUUCAUUUUACUGAUUACUUAAACAGAUUAUUAUUUUCAGUUAAGAUAACAGACCCAAUAUCUAUCUCAGAAUUUAAAAGUAAAAAUAGGAUAAAAUAAAAAUUUUCCAAACAUUAUGAAUUGAUUUUUUUAAUGUUAAUUUUAUUUUCAAUUUGAUCAUCAUUAAAAUUAUGUUUAAAUUUAAAUAAAUAUGUAUCAAAAAUGAUGAUGGUCACAAGAAAAUUUAAAAUUGUCACGUUGGGUUUGUGAUACAAUAAUCGUAAAUUAACAGUUUGCCAAAAAAAUAAAUACAGUUUUAAAAAGAAAUAAUUCUAUACUAAUAAAUGGAGCCGAUUUUUGUGUUCUGUUAUACUGCGAAAACUACUGAACCGAUUCGAAUAAUACUCAUACCAUAAGAUGCAACGUGUUUUGAAGAAGGUUUUAGUAUAUGAUAUGUUGGUGAUUACUUAUCCGGAACAUAUUUUUUUGACUUAGAAAUAAUGAAUUUUUAUUGUGACUAAAUUUAUUCUAUAUGAUACUGAAGUCAGCCCACGUCGAAUAAUUUUUGAAUUCUUUUUAAAACGAUAAAUUAUUUUUAAAAAAACAUUUCAGAACAUUGCACAUGUAGGUUGUCUAAUUCUCUAGAUGUGCAUAUUUUUAGUUUCUUUUUUUUUUUAAUUAAAUUGUGGAAAAAAAAUCUGAAAAUUUUUAGUUGUCUGGUAACUUUAGUAUCAUUAUUCUAUUUGAUUGUCAUU